UAAAAAUUUUACCCAAUAUUUUUUUACCUUGUACACCAUUCAUGCCGUCUGGUCAGAGAGAAAUAAUCAGUGCAGGUCUUCGCAAGAAUGAAUCUGUUGUCGACUAAGACGUCUACCCCACAUUGGAUAUGAUCAAUUACCGCCUCGUGGAGUCACCUCGGGAUCCUUGGCUUGGUAGAGACAUGGAGAGCGUUUCAUGAAAGGACUUGUCGGAUGUUUUAUCUGACCUGUCCUGUUUUGUCCCACAGUUACCAUAGUAACAAUCAAAAUCAAGGAAAGUUGUCGGGACUCGGGCCUGACAACUUGUCGGAUGAAAAUGUUUAUGAAAUGCUCCAGGACUUACGGUGCACAUCCCCAUCCAUGCGGCCUGGUCAUGAAUGGAGGACCGGAGCAGGUGGGGAACUCCCACUUCCCUGGAGCAGGCGAGGAACUCCCACUUCCCUGGAGGAGGCGAGGAACUCCCACUUCCCUGGAGCAGGCGAGGAACUUCCACUUCCCUGGAGCAGGCGAGGAACUCCCACUUCCCUGGAGCAGGCGAGGAACUCCCACUUCCCUGGAGCAGGCGAGGAACUCCCACUUCCCUGGAGCAGGCGAGGAACUCCAACUUCCCUGGAGCAGGCGAGGAACUCCCACUUCCUGGAGCAGGCGAGGAACUCCCACUUCCUGGAGCAGGCGAGGAACUCCCACUUCCCUGGAGCAGGCGAGGAACUCCCACUUCCCUGGAGCAGGCUAGGAACUCCCACUUCCCUGGAGCAGGCGAGGAACUCCCACUUCCCUGGAGCAGGCGAGGAACUCCCACUUCCCUGGAGCAGGCGAGGAACUCCCACUUCCCUGGAGCAGGCGAGGAACUCCCACUUCCUGGAGCAGGCGAGGAACUCCCACUUCCUGGAGCAGGCGAGGAACUCCCACUUCCCUGGAGCAGGCGAGGAACUCCCACUUCCUGGAGCAGGCGAGGAACUCCCACUUCCCUGGAGCAGGCUAGAAACUCCCACUUCCCUGGAGCAGGCGAGGAACUCCCACUUCCCUGGAGCAGGCGAGGAACUCCCACUUCCCUGGAGCAGGCGAGGAACUCCCACUGCCCUGGAGCAGGCGAGGAACUCCCACUGCCCUGGAGCAGGUUUUCAUCAGGAGGCGAUGGUGUUCCGAAACUAUUGAAGGGUGGUACCAUGUGGAUACCAUGGUUUGAAAGAUCACCCAGUGCAGUCUCGUCAUGGUGAGGGUGUGACUGAUCUAGGAUCCAGUUGGUUUUCCGCCUUCCCAAGCCAGAUGACAUUUUCCUUCAUUUUCCUGAGGAUGUUAAAUACUAUAUAUUAAGAUUGGUUGGUACAAAACAGGUUAACAAAAUCGGUUCACCAAUUCACCUUCCACGCAUGCGGGGAUUUUUUUAGCAUAUAAGCCGCAUUCUCUGGGACUUUCCAAUGUUUUAAUGUAAAGUAUCUACUAGUAAUAGUUUUAAGGAGGAGGCUUUAUUUAGUUGAUCAGUUUGUUCUCCAAAUUUGUUUAAGGCUUGUUUUAGAUUUCGGUAAAAACACAACAUAGUCAUGAUGAUUUCAAUGGUGAUCCCGUAAGGAAUGCUAACUUUGUUGAAGAUGAAUCCAUCAAAUCUCGUCUUAAUUAUACUUUAAUGGGCAAUAUGUUUUGUAAAGCUCGGUCGCUUCAUUUUCCCGCAUAAUUCCUCUAAAAAAUUAAUAAUUUCGCGCCCCUAUUACUAUUAGCCUCAUUGGCAUAAUUGAGGCUCAGUGUUUGCAACAUUCCUUUAAAUAAGUUUAAACAAAUUUAAAUUAAUCUAAAAAAAAUGCUUCUUGCGGGCGCAUUAAACAGAAAAUGGAGAGAGAAAAAAUAUAAAUUAGAAUCUUUAUAAUGCAGAAAGUAUUUGAAUUCCACAUUUUUCUUAGAGCUCAGUCGCUUUGCUUCCUCACCAAGUGUUUUUUUUUUCCUUUCAGGAUUUUACGGCAUUAAAGCCUUGCUACCGCUUUGCCAAAAAGUAGGCCUUAACUAUUUGAAUGCCACUAUUGUUAAUUCUACUCCUUACAUUUUUCAUGAAUUUUUUAUCCUCCUAAAUGUUGUUUAUUAUUUACAAUUGUAUUUGACUAGGUGAAUAUUUUCCACUAUUUCUGUUUUAUUAUUACUAUUGCUUGAAUCAAGAAUAUCUUGUGCAAUCUGUUAAAACUUACUGAAAUGAAAUGAGGUUUGGUUUACAAUCAGGGUACACCAGUCUAUCUUAUUGAACAACAAAAAAGCUGUUUUGUUUUCCUCACCUUUUUUAUGGCGAAAAUCAAGGUGAAAUAAUAGGUAAAUUGCCGAUUCGUCUAUUGCCAACUCGUCCACUUAUCUCAUUGCUCUACCUUCGUUUAGUCUAAUGCCAUUCGGUCCAUUAACAUUUUGUCUGGCAACCAUUUGGUCCAAUAUUCACUUCAUCUAAUCGCCAGUUCGUCUAUGACCAUUUCGUCUGAUAACCAGUUGGUCUAAUACCCAUUUUCUUUUCAUUCAUUUCGCCCAAUUGACACUUAUCCAAUUAGACCAAAUGGUUUAUGGACUAAAUGGCUAUUGGGCCAACUGGUAAUUAGACGAAAUGGUGAGUGGACGAAAUGUCAAUUAGACCAUGUGUAUGGUGGACGAAUUGAUGAUAGACCAAAUGAUAGUAGAUGAGUUAAUUGUCAAUUAGACCAAUUGGAAAUAAACCUAAUAAUAUUUCUUUUAAGCUGUGAGGCAUGAUGUCACAUCUGAUUUUGGUUUCUAAUGUCUAAUUCUACCUUUUGAUUAUGUGUUCUGUCAAAUGAUUAUUCUUCGGAAAAGGGCACUUUUUGACGAAAAACGAUUUGACAACAUUUGAACAAAAAAUCAGUAAUCUGUAGCUUCUGGGGUUUCGCGGGGGUUUUCAUUGUUAACAAUGGCAUUUCAAAAAUAAAAGCAGUGAUUGGUAAAACAAUGCUUAAUGAUGGAUAAUAAUAAAGAUGCAUUGGACGAAAAUUUAAGAAAAUGCUACAGUAAAUUUGGCCCUAAAAGGUCAGAUAUGGUCCAUUUUGAGAAGUAAACGUAUAUCUCAAUAUUUUUCUCGUUUUCCAACAAUGGCCAAUGCCAAUAAGUUGCCAUAGUAUAUUUGAGAUUACAAUACACAUAAUAUUUUAUGAUUCACAAAAGACCCUUUUGAAUAUAUACCCUGAUCAUAACAAAACCCCACUUGAACUGGAAUGAAUGAACGAAAAGAUAAAUGUAUGAAUGAAUGAAUGAUGGUACUGAUUCCUGAAUUCAUUUAUUCAUUGAUUCAUGUAUGCAGCAUUCAUUCAUUCAUUUAUUUAUUCAUUCAUUCAUUAUAUGAAUUAAUCAAGUAAUUAAUAAAGGCAAAGAGAAUAGAUGGCUAACGUGGACUAAUACAUGUUUUCUGAUAUAGGCAUUUGUUGAAAAUAAAAUAAAUUAAUUGCUUAUAGUACUCUGUGAUUACCAUUUUAGGGUUAUU